AUGUCCAAAACCUUCGUCGGCAACGUCAAGAGUGUACUUAGUGGUGACACUUUGGUAUUGACUAGCCCGAACAACCCCAACGCCGAGCGAACUUUGUCUCUUGCAUAUGUCACAGCUCCUCAUUUAAAGCGCGAGGGCGACGAGCCCUUCGCUUUCCAAUCUCGAGAGUAUCUCCGAAACCUCGCUGUUGGAAAACCCGUUCAGGCGACUGUUCUCUACACGAUCCCUACUUCCGGUCGAGAAUUUGGUACUGCCCAGCUCAAGGAUGGCACCAACUUGCCUGAUGAGCUUGUUAAGGCUGGUUGGCUGAAAGUUCGUGAGGACGCUGGCCGCAAGGAGGAAUCGGACGAGGUUCUUGACCGUCUUGAGACUCUUCGCCAACUUGAGAACAAGGCCAAGGCCGAGGACAAGGGCCUUCAUGUUGGAGUCGGUGGUAUUAUUGAGGUGCAAAAUGAUCUCGGUGGCCCUGAGUUCAUGAAGGAGUGGAAGGGCAAGACUGUCGACGGUGUUGUGGAGCGAGUUCUCAGUGGUGACCGCCUGUUGGUACGACUUCUUCUUUCUGAGAAGAAGCACGUCCAGCCCAUGACCUUGAUUGCUGGUAUCCGAACGCCAUCCACAGAGCGAACACUCCCCUCAACUGGUACUACCCAGCCCGCCGAGGAGUAUGGCAACGAGGCCAGGGCAUUUGUCGAGUCAAGACUACUCCAGCGUCAAGUUAAGAUUGAAAUUGUCGGUGCAAGCCCUCAGGGUCAGUUGGUCGCUGCUGUUAUCCACCCUCGUGGAAACAUUGCCGAAUUCCUGUUGCAAGAAGGCCUUGCACGAUGCAACGAUUUCCACUCUACCUUGCUGGGUGAGAAGAUGGCUGCUCUUCGUGCUGCCGAAAAGCAGGCACAAUCUAAGAAGCUUCGAAUCCACAAGAACUACGUUGCUAAGACCGAAGGUGGAAACCAGGAUGCGAUCGUUUCCAAGAUCAUUGGUGCCGAUACCAUUCUGGUUAGAAACAAGGCUGGAACAUCAGAAAAGCGCAUUAACCUAAGCAGUGUCCGAGGACCCCGAACCACAGAGCCCUCCGAGAGCCCUUUCCGAGAAGAAGCCAAGGAGUUUCUCCGUCAGAAGCUUAUUGGCAAGCACGUCCGUGUCAGUAUCGAUGGAAACAAACCUGCAACUGAGGGAUUUGAGGCCCGAGAAGUCGCUACUGUUACCGAGAAGAAUACCAACAUCAACCUCCUCUUGGUUGAGAACGGGUGGGCCUCAGUUAUCCGACAUCGCAAAGAUGACACUGACCGAGCUCCCAACUAUGAUGAUCUCCUUGCUGCUCAGGAGAAGGCCAAGGAGGAGAACAAGGGCAUGUGGUCUGGCAAGCCUCAGAAGGCCAAACAGUACACAGAUCUCUCCGAGAGCACGCAAAAGGCCAAGAUCAUGCUGUCUACUCUGCAACGGCAAAAGAAGGUCCCCGCUAUUGUCGACUUCUGCAAGGCAGGCUCCAGAUACACAAUCUUGAUUCCCCGUGAAAAUAUCAAGCUCACUAUGGUUCUGGGCGGAAUUCGAGCUCCCCGAGCCCCCAGGGCCGAUGGCGAAGGUGGUGAGCCUUUCGGAAAGGAGGCUCUUGAGCUUGCCAACCGCCGAUGCAACCAGCGCGACUGUGAGGUGGAUAUCCAUGACAUGGAUAAGGUUGGUGGUUUCAUCGGUGAGCUUUAUAUCAACCGAGAAAACUUUGCCAAGGUUUUGGUCGAAGAAGGCCUUGCCUCUGUCCACGCCUACUCUGCCGAGAAGUCUGGUAACGCGGCCGAGCUGUUUACUGCCGAAAAGAAGGCCAAGGAUGGCCGAAAGAACUUGUGGCAAGACUGGGACCCCUCGCAAGACGAGGAGUACGAGCAAGAGGAAGCCACAGAAGCUGCCCCUGAGACCGAUGUGUCUAUCGACAAGAAGCCUACUGACUACCGCGACGUGGUCCUCACCAACAUUGACGCAAACGGCAAGAUCAAGAUCCAGGAGAUUGGCAAGGGAACGGCCGCGCUUGAGAACCUGAUGACUGAAUUCCGAAAGUUCCACAUCGACUCCAAGAACAACAACCCCCUUAAGGACGCACCCAAGACAGGAGAGUAUGUAUCGGCCAAGUUCUCUGCCGACGGCCAGUGGUACCGAGCGCGCGUGAGGGCCAACGACCGCACUGCAAAGAUGUCCGAAGUUAUGUACAUCGACUACGGUAACAGCGAGAAAAUCCCCUGGUCCAAUCUGCGAGCCCUCGAUCAGCCCAAGUUUGGUGCGCAAAAGUUGAAGGCCCAGGCUGUUGAUGCCUCUCUAUCCUUUGUCCAGCUUCCCACUGGCGCUGACUACUUUGAGGAUGCUAUUGGUCUCAUCUACGAGCUCACUGAGAACAAGAAGCUUGUUGCGAGCUUCGACUUUGUCGAUAACAAGGAGAAUGUCAGCUAUGUCACGCUGUAUGACACGGGAUCCUCGGGAGAACUCCCUGGGCCCGAUGACUCCAUCAACAAGGAUGUGGUUGCCAGUGGAUAUGCUAUGGUACCCAAGAAGCUCAAGGCUUGGGAGCGCAGCAAGGUCUUCGAGCCUACUCUAAAGCACCUCAAGGACGUCGAGAGUAAGGCAAAGGAUGAGCGCCUGGGUAUGUGGGAAUAUGGUGAUAUCACCGAGGAUUGA